AUGGCGGCCAGAUUGUGCGGUUGCAGGGACUUGUAUCUUUUUUGUUCUUCCUUCCUUCCUAAAAUUCAACAUGUACCGACUAAAAAUGAGACCGCGACGAAACUGGUGACCAAUUUCUUUCGCAUACCCCUCUCGUACUUGUCUCAGAUUGGACGGAGCAAGAGGCAGGUCAUUCAGGAAGAAAUCGUGGUGAUUAUAGAUCGUUCAGGCUCGAUUGGGGACUGCAACUACAAAAAAGCAAAGCAAGCCUUGAAGAACAUGCUUGACACUGCGUCAGAAGUAGGAUUUGAGGACAGAUAUGCGGCAGUGACAUUUGCGAGUACUGCCACGACAGAUUUCAAUUUCGUUGCUAAUCCGGACGCAGGAAUUAACAUAAAGAAACUUCCCUAUAUUCCAGGAUCAACUAAUACUCAGGCUGCGUUGGCAGAAGCAAAAAGAGUUUUUGAAGAUCCCUCUUCAGGAAAACGUCCGGGUGUUGUCAAGAUUGCCUUUCUUAUCACCGAUGGCCAUUCAAACGUUGAUUCCUCGAAGACCAUACCAAAUGCUAACUUGCUGAGAGCCAGUGGUGUGGAUAUUUUUGUCGUUGCUGUCGGGAAUUACAAUAGUGGAAUCAGUGAAAUAGUGGAAGUAGCUUCGCCAGAUCGUAAAGACCACAUAUUCCGUGUCACUGACAUGUCGGGCUUCUUAGAUGUUACAAAAUUGGCUUUUAAGUUAGUUGCUCCCAAGAAAUAUGAAACCCAAUUGAAUCAUAAGCCACUAUGUUAAAAUGGCUACAUAAGGAUUUAUUUCAAACUUGCCUUCUAUUUUUAGAUUGUAUUUUGAAAGGAACAGCACUGCAAUUUAACUUAUUUUAGUCAUUAAUUAAUUAGCUCAUUAUUUCACCUGAGUUUGAAUAUCAUAUUGUAAUGGAUCCAAGGUGAAGCACCAUGGAAAUUCUUGUCAGCACCUUUGAAAAUAGAGAAUUUACUGAGUUCAUUUUGUUUUUCAGUAUUUUGAAUGAAAUAAGGACUCUCUUGCUUUUAUACCUUAGAAAAAAUUUAGUUAACUUCAAAAGGAGUUAACAUUUCGUAAAUAAAUGUAAUAAACGAAGGCACUAAAUUA